AUGAGUACAAAGCGUAUGCGUGGUCGAUUUUCUCGACGCCAACAUCAUGUCAAUUAUAGUAGUAAUCGUCAUCGACCUGUCAAAAGGACAAUUCGAGAACCACCUACUGAAAUUAAAUCAGAUCUUAUUCAACAAUUUAAUACUUGGUGUAUGAGUUUACGAACUGUGGCAACAUAUGAAUUUGAUAAUGAUGAAGAAAAUAAUCAUCGAUGCAAAAUGAUAUUACCCAUAUUUCCUAAUUUACAAUCAAUUGGCAAUGGAGCAAAUACAAAGAAAGAAGCAAAAGCAAAUGCUAUUAUUGCUUUUCUUGCUCAUAUGGAAAAACGAAAGCAAGUUGGAUUAUUUGUACCAUAUAUGUUUCCAAAUCUACUUCGUAAUGUACAAGUUGAAUUACGUCGAGCAAAUGUUUCAACACCAGAUUUAAAUUUAAAUAUAAACGAAUAUCUAUUAGCUGAUCGAAUGAUAUCAACACGUCUAGCAAAAAAAUAUGAUGGUAUUAUAAAAAUUAUUCAACGAAUUUGCAAUGUUCGUGUAAUAAGAUUAUGGCAAUCGUCAAAUAUUACAUUUGUUUAUAUAGUUGGACCUAAAGCAAAAGCAGAAUUAAUUCGACCAUAUGUAAAAGCUUUGUUUCAACCAGAUAAUGAACAAAUGUUUAAUUAUGGAGAAAAGUUAUUUGAAAUAUUUAGUGAUGAAACAUUUCUUGAUGAUGUGUGUCAACGACUUAAAGUUUUAUGUAAUAAUCAUCUAGAAAAAUGUAAAUUAUUUAUUCGUGGAAGUUCAGUAAAUGUACAGUGUUGUUAUAAUGAAUUUGUUGGACUUCGUCGUGAAUUUGAAAAUGAAUUUCAUCGAAAUCAAAACCAUGCAUUUACAAAACCAAUAGAAUCGUCAAAACCAAUAGAACCUUUCAAUCCAAUUGAUUUCAAAAAUUCUAUUGAACAAUUAGAAUCAACACGUAUUGAUAAUGAUGAUAAAGAAGAAAAAGAUAAUGAUCAAUUACCAGAUUAUUCAAUUUAUGAUGAUAAUGUUAAUGCAUCAAUAUUAAGAGUAUUAAGAAAUGAAGAGGAUGUAGAAGAAGAAACAUUAAAUCAAGAUGUAACAACAAAAAAUUCUCCGAUCGUCAUUGAAGUUUCGGAUGAUUCAUCGGAUAGUACUGAUUUACAAAUUGUUCAAACUAUUGAACCAAAAAUUCAAAAGAAAACUGAUCAAAUACAACCAAUUGUUCAACCUCAAAAUCUGUUUCAACCAUUUAUAACACGAUCUGAACCAAUGUCUGAAUUUCAAAUUACAUCUCAACCACCUGUACAACAACCAUUACGUCAACCGAGAAUUCUCCGUCAUAUAGUUCUGGAUGGACAAAAUAUUGCCAGAAAUUCGAAUGACUACAGUCGUGUAUUUUCCUGGUCUCGUUUGUCAAAUACAAUCAAUUAUUUCAAAAAUCGUGGUCAUGAAAAUAUUAUUGCAUUUCUUCCUCUGUAUCUUCGAGAUUAUUCAAAUAAACAAUUAUCAGUAUAUGACAUGAAUCGCGAACGACAAAUUCGUGAUUCUUUAAUUAAUUCACGUUAUAUUGCAUUUACUCCAUCACGAUAUAAUAAUGGAAAACGUCUAACAAAUUAUGAUGAUCGAUUUAUUUUGCAAUAUGCAGCUGAUAAUGAUGGAGUUGUUGUUAGUAAUGAUAAUUUUCGUGAUCUUCAACAUGAAAAAAGUUUUAAAUUUAUUAUUAAUAAUCGAAUUUUACCAUUUGCAACUAUAAAUGAUACAUUUAUGCCUGCAACAGAUCCACUUGGUCGAAAUGGACCUAAUCUAGAUGACUUUCUAUCAAAACCAUAUCUACAAAUCUCAAUGUCUGAUACAGUAAAAUGGGAAAUAGCUGAUAGACUUCGUCAACGUGCACGUGAUGAUUUAUUUACUUUAUUACAAAGUAUUGAUGGUACAAAAGAUUUAUUUAUUGAUGCCGAUUUAUUUCCUUUAAUUGAUUUAACAUCAAAUGCAACAGAAAUACGACAGUAUGGUGUUGUAAAUUUACAUAAACUUGAUUCAUCACAAAAUAUUCAAACAAAAAAUAAAGGUUUAUUUUUAUUACGACCAAAUAUGGUUAGAUUUUUAACAUUAGCUAAACAAUUACGUCAAUUAGAUAUUCAAAAUGCACAUUUAAUAUGUGUACCAAGAAAAUUUUAUGCAUUUGAACAUUUACUUGAACAAGAAGGUCUUUGGGGACGAUGUGCCUUACAUGAAUUAACAGCCUUUGAUAUGGUUCCUGUUGAUUAUGAUAUUUUUUCAAUGGUUAAUUCUCAUUUGUAUUUAAAUGUUUAUUUGGAUCAUUCAACAGAUUGGUUAUCAACAAUAGCAGCUUCAUUAAUUGAUUUUCAACAAUUAUUUGGAAGAUUUGCAAAUACAAUUUCUUUUGGAAAACUAGCUGGACAAGUUGCAAGACAAUUAGAAAGAGGACAAAGUUCAAUCGAUAAUCAAGAUAUGAUACCAAGUGGACGAUACAUUCAAACUGUAAUAUUAUUUGAUCGUAGUGUUGAUUUAAUAACACCAUUUUGCUCCCAAAUGUGUUAUGAAGGUUUACUUGAUGAAUAUUUUAAUAUUGAAGGUGGUCGUAUGAAAAUUCCUAAAAAUGGAAAUACAGAUAAUGCUAGUAAACAAUACGAACAUAUAUCAUUAUCAACAAGAGAUGAUAUGGUUAUUGAAGGUAUACGUGCAAUGCAUUUUACAAAAGUUUUUCAAGAAAUUAAAGCUUAUUUAGCAAGACAGAAUGUUUUACAAAAUGAUGUUCGUGAUAAAAUGCAAGAUGCAUCAAUAAGUGAUUUAAAACAACUUGUUCAUACUGAUGUUAAAGGACAUAUAAAUGCAAAAAAACAAAUAACACGUCAUUUAGAUUUAUGUACUGAUAUAUAUGAAAAGAAAAAAGCAAGUGAUUUUAAAAUUCAACUUGAAAUGGAAACAGAUAUAUUACAUUUACAUAAUUUUGAAGAUAUUGUUUCAUAUAUACAUACAAUGAUAUGUCGUUGUGAACCAAAUAAAUAUCGUCCAUUACAAUUACUUUGUCUUUUAUCAACAGCAAAUAAUGGUUUAACACGUGAAUAUUAUGAAUUAUUAUGUCGAUCAUACCUUCAAGCAUAUGGUUAUGAAAAUAUUCCACUUUUAUAUAAAUUAGAAAAAUUAAAUUUAUUUCAUGCCAAAAGAUCAUGUGAUGUACCAAUAGCAAUCAAUACAAAUACACCAGCCGGUUUUCGUGGUGAUGCUAUAUUAAAAAUGGGAAAACAAGUUGCACAAAAUCUUACAGAGAAAACACAAACACAAAAAACAUUUUUUCACUAUAUUGCAAAACGACUCAAUUUAACACCUGAUCUUAAUCAACAAGCUAGAACAACACCAGGUCCAGAUAUGGCGGAUGUAUUUGGUUCAGUAUAUGUUCCACUAUCAUGUCGAUUAAUUGAAGAAGCUUUGUUAAAUCCAGCAAAAUUAUCAACACUUCAACAUGAACUUCUUCAACGUGGUUAUCCAGGUGCUGAUGAUCUUUAUUCACAUCGUUCAUCUGGAGUAUCAACACGUGCACAAUUUCAUGAAGUUCAACAAGCUAUUCUCGUCGUUUUUAUUGGUGGUUGUACACAAUCAGAAAUUAACGCCCUUCGUAUGUUAGCUAUGAGUAAAUGUAAUAUAAAAUGGCAAUUUUAUUUUGCACCAACAAAUAUAUGGACACAUACAAGAUUAUUAAAAGAAAUUGAAGCAUCACAAUAA